UUUCAAGUGGCGACUCCGCCACAGGCACAGACUCCGCGCCGAGUCCCCGACGAGCGUGUCACGAGGUGUCCCGACUGCGAGACAAACGAUUCGUGGCGGAGAGAAGCAAAGAGCGAAAAAGGGGGGUCGAUUUUCCUUCGCGUCUCCGUGCGACGAUCCGAAGGAGCGCGGGUCGACAGACCUUUGUUGUCGUUGGACCAGCGACGGGAUAACCUAGCGGCGACAUUCGGUUACAUUGCACACGCACACGUUGUUUCGACGCAGCCGCGGAUUUUGUAUCCUACGCGACACUUUCCUCGUGAAAGGACCGGGACGAUGCCGAGGCCUCCGGACCCGAAAUUCCUGUUGCGCGGCGACAUGGAUGAAAACGUCCACAGUUUGCUGUUCUCGGUUAGUUCCGAGGUCGAGCACCUCUACGCCGGCGACGGGAAGGGCACGGUUCACAUCUGGGACCUGAAGACGAACAGGGUGAAAUAUCGAUUGUCCGACGGACCUAGCCCAUGUUUUAAUUUGCACACAACUAAUGAAACUGAUCUAAUAGUACAACGAAGACAUGGGGUGAUCGACGUGUACAAAGUAAGCGAUUCGGGCUGGAUACUAGACAGAAGCACCAGUUACGAAUAUUGCAGUUUCUGCAGAUCUCAAUUGUUAUCGGAGAAGGAUGCAGUGUUGAUUCCACUCGAUUGUUCCGCAGUGGGAAUGUUCUCAUUGAAAACGUCCAGGGUGGAAUCGACGUUAGACCCGUCCAAACUGUCCUACAGUAAUAAAUUAGGUACGACGAUGGCGAUAAAACCGUUGGGGGGUGUAAACGACUUGCUUCUGGUUGCUUACGAGAGCGGGCAAUUAUUGUUGUGGGACAUGAGGAAGAAUGACGUCCUCAGCUCUCUCACCGUCGAACAAUAUCCGAUGGCUUUCGACUUUGAUCCUUCCUUGAUGCAGGGCAUCCUCGGUAGCGCGUCAGAGAAACUGGAGAUCUUCGAGAUGUCGCCGAAUCACACUUUGGCCCACAAAUCUACGAGACUCUUGGAGCACGUCUCCGGCAUAUCCGUUCUUUCGGUAAGACCAGACAGGAAGAUCGUCGUGGCCGGAUGUUGGGACGGACGUAUGAUGCUGUUCUCCUGGAAGAAAUUACGGCCGCUCGCGAUAUUGAAGGAACACAGAGCAAACAUAUACGACAUUGUUUAUUCGCAGUGUAAAGUCGAGGCUUACGAUACCAAGUGUUUAAUGGCAGCGACUGGCAAAGACGGUUAUAUAUCCAUGUGGGAUAUAUACAAUUAGGAGCCUCGCAAGUUAGUACAUGUAAAUAGGCAGGCAGGAAUGCUUGGACAUUUCGACAUAUAGAACCGAAAUACAGAAAUGUCCAGGCAUGUACAUUUGUGUGAAUGUACAAAGGAAAAAAUGUACAGUUACUUUAAGUCACUUAACGAGUCUUCCAUGACCACAUUCGUGUGUAUCGAAGGAUAUCCAUUAUGCGAUCAUUAUUGUAUAAAUUCUCUGAUUCAGAUUCCUCUUUUGUCACUGAAAGUGCCACUAAAAUUGGUUCUG